AUGGCUAGUUAUUUUCUAUUUUCAAAAACCUUGAUGAUUCUACUAUCUCUAAGCAGUAUAAUCCACAAAAUAGAAUCACAAACACAACCAUGGUCACCACUAGAUGCACCAAAAGAGCUUCUUCAAAUGCUUAUUCGUGACCCUUUAACCCUUUCAUUAGCCUCAACAGAUUUUGGUCACAUAGUUCACCAAAACGCAUUUGCAAUUUUUGCACCAUCCUCCAUUAAUGACAUAUCGAAAUUGAUUGAAUUCUCAAACUCACUUCUAAUUCCUUUUACUAUAGCAGCUAGAGGGCAAGGACAUUCGGUGAAUGGACAAUCCAUGACAAAUGAUGGUGUUGUGGUGAACAUGACUGAAUUGAAUAAUAAUAAUAAUAAUAAUAAUGGAAUUGUUGUUUUUGAUGAUUAUGUUGAUGUUGGUGGUGAACAAAUUUGGAUUCAUGUUUUGCAUGCAUGUCUUGAAAAAGGAUUAACACCACUUUCUUGGACUGAUUAUUUGUAUUUAUCUGUUGGUGGAACACUCUCUAAUGCUGGGAUUAGUGGACAAACUUUCAGAUUUGGUCCUCAAAUUUCUAAUGUUCAUGAAUUAGAUGUGGUUACAGGUGAAGGAGACUUGGUGACUUGUUCUACAACAAAGAACUCAGAAUUAUUUUAUGCUGUUCUUGGAGGUUUGGGCCAAUUUGGGGUUAUAACCAGAGCCAGAAUAGCUCUAGGACCUGCACCACAAAGGGUGAAGUGGCUCCGUUUACUUUACAACAACUUUUCUACAUUUUCUCAAGAUCAAGAACAAUUAAUCUCUUUCAAUGGAAUAAAUGAAACAAAUGCACCCAAUUAUAUAGAAGGCAUGUUGCUACUAAAUCAACCACCACUAGAUCUAUCAUUUUAUCUCGAGACCGAUCGAUCUCGCGUAACUUCUCUGAUAAUACAAUAUAAUAUCAUCUACGUCAUUGAACUCGUCAAAUAUUACGACGCUAACUCUCAAGAUCACGUUGAUCAGGAAAUUGAAACUUUAGUUCAAGGACUAAACUUUGUCCCUACUUUUAUAUUUGAAAAAGAUGUAUCAUAUGAAGAAUUUUUAAAUAGAGUUCAUUCUGAUGAACUUACUUUAAGGUCACAAGGACUUUGGGAUAUUCCACAUCCAUGGUUAAAUAUGUUUGUUCCAAAGUCUAGAAUCUCUGAUUUUGAUGAAGGUGUAUUCAAGGGUAUUAUCCUUAAACAAAAUAUUACAGCAGGACUUGUAAUAGUCUACCCAAUAAACAAAACAAAAUGGAAUGAUAAUAUGUCGGCAGUUACACCUAAUGAAGAAAUUUUUUACGUUGUGAGUCUUUUGCGUACAACUAAAUUUGAUAAGUUAGAGGAAUUUCAAGAUCAAAACCAACAAAUAAUACAAUUUUGUAAAGAUGUUGGUAUAGGGAUGAAGCAAUAUCUUCCCCAAAAGAAAACACAUGAAGAAUGGGUUGAACAUUUUGGUCACAAAUGGGAAGUUUUUGAGAACAGAAAGGCUCAAUUUGAUCCAAAUAAAAUAUUGUCACCAGGGCAAGGGAUUUUCAAUUAA